CAAACGCCGUGUCAAUAAAAAUGGCGAUGUCCAUUAACCACGAUUUGUUUCUCAAGAUGACGAAAUGUUUAUAACGAUUAGGCUAAUCAAAACCACAGCCUAACAAAAUGUUGGAGAAACUGCUCACUGUGAAACUGUCUCGGACUUUCAAAAUUCCUGUCUGGUCGGUUGUUCUAGCAACAGGAGGACUGGCAUGGAUAUGGUAUUCACUUAGAAAAAACAAUGCAGAAGAAAAAGACACCGAUGAACACAAAAGAGCCAGGAUAGCUGCUGUCGGUGAUAAAACAAAUCACGUAGAGACAGCUACAAAAAAGAAGGCAAAGACCAAAAGAAAACUGAAGAUCUUUUAUGGAACACAGACCGGUAACUCUAAGCAUUUUGCAGAGGUCCUAUCCGAAGAAGUGGAAUCCCUGGGUUUUGAAUCUUCCUGUGUUGAUCUCAGCACCUAUGAUCCGGAAGACAGUCUGGCAGAAGAAGGUGCCAACAACUAUGUGUGUGUGUUCAUCAUAUCAACGUAUGCAGAGGGAAUGCCACCAGAAGGAGCUGCUUGGUUCUAUAAAUGGCUGCAGGAGACUGCGACUGAUUUCCGUGUUCAGAAAUCAUUAUUGAACGGAACAUAUUUCUCUGUUUUUGGGUUGGGGAACUCUCUUUAUCCAGAUUCGUUUAACACAGUGGCCAAACAAGUUGAUCAGUGGUUUACUGAACUGUCCGCCACCCGAAUUAAGGAAGUCGGAUGUGGUGAUGAAAAUGGCAAGAAUGGUGGUUUGGAUGGUGAUUUCACGUUAUGGAAAAAGGGCCUAAUGAAGAAACUCAAGAGAGUCUUGAGAGGUAAAGAUAUCCACAGCUGUGAGGGAGGUGCCUGCUCUGGAAAGUGCGGAUGUACAAAGAAAGAAGGCGAUGGGCCAGACAAACACUGCAGCAGUGACGAGGAUGGUCACAGUCACAGUCACAGUCACAGUGAUCAUUGUGAGUCCAGUGAUGAAGAAAUGACUUCCAAGAAACCAAGCAGUGAUGUUGUUGAUCUGGAAGACCUUGGGAAAAUCAUGAAGUUAGCAAAAAUGACUAAGGAGACUGAGGUAGAAGAUGGUGAAGACAAUUCCUCCAGUGAACCACGUGAGAUGAUAACGCCGUUGUUGAGGCAGUCGCUGGAGAAACAAGGAUAUCGGCUGAUUGGUUCUCACUCGGGUGUCAAACUCUGCAGGUGGACAAAGUCGAUGCUUCGAGGUCGAGGUGGGUGUUACAAACACUCGUUCUAUGGAAUUGAGAGUCACCGAUGCAUGGAAACCACUCCGAGUUUAGCAUGCGCAAACAAGUGUGUGUUUUGUUGGCGACAUCACACGAAUCCAGUGGGUACUGAGUGGAAAUGGAAGAUGGAUGAUCCCGAGUUGAUAUUUAAAGGAGCACUCAGCAGCCACAAGAACAUGAUUAAACAGUUCAGAGGUGUGCCAGGCGUGGUGCCGGAGAGGUUUGCGGAAGGCCUUGAGCCGAGGCACUGUGCGUUGUCCUUAGUGGGAGAACCAAUCAUGUACCCCAAGAUCAACUCGUUCGUCGACAUGCUGCAUGGCAAGGGAAUCUCAACCUUCCUCGUUACCAACGCACAAUUCCCAGACGCCAUAAAGACCCUGUCUCCGGUAACACAGCUGUAUGUGAGUGUGGACGCGGGCACUCAGGAACACCUGAAGAAGAUUGACCGUCCUCUCUUUAAAGAUUUCUGGCAGCGAUUCCUUGACAGUCUGACCGCGCUCAAUGACAAGGGGCAGAGAACUGUGUACAGACUCACUCUGGUGAAGGAAUGGAACACAAACGAGAUUGAGAGCUAUGCAAAACUCGUUUCAUUGGGCAACCCAGAUUUUAUUGAGGUCAAGGGAGUGACGUACUGUGGCGAGUCAAAAGCAUCGACGUUGACAAUGAACAACGUUCCCUGGCAUGAGGAGGUGGUUGGCUUCGUCCAGCUGUUAGCCGACCAGCUCCCUCAGUAUGAAAUAGCGUCGGAGCACGAACACUCUAACUGCAUAUUACUGGCACACACCAAGUUCAAGAUCGCUAACGAGUGGUGGACUUGGAUUGAUUACGACCGCUUCCACGAGCUGAUGCAGGACUUCAGAGGGACUAACAAGAAAUUCACAGCUAAAGACUACAUGGCCAAGACUCCCCACUGGGCGGUGUAUGGAGCCACGGAGCGCGGCUUUGAUCCGCAGGAGACAAGAUUUCACAGGAAGAAAAAAGACAAAACAGCAGCUUAGACAUGAUUUGUGUUCAGAUGGAAAUGCUUACGGGAAAUACACCAAGCUCCAUGUUUGAAAACCUUUUAGAGCCUACACUCGAGACUCUUUAAUAGAGUGUUAGACUUUUAAUGUCAGAGCAACACCAUACAAAUUGCAUUAUAAUGCCAUUGAAGACCGAGUAUAGACCCUAAAGAUUUAUAACCUCAGACACAGAUGUCUGCUUGUGUCUUUUAAAAUAUAUAAAUGACCCUCGUGUUUUUAAAACUGCAUAGAUCAGCCUUAAAACAGCUAUAAAACUAUCUGUUCUAGUUCUCCUAUGCAGUACUGGGAACGAAAAUGCUGUGUAGUUCCCAAAAUCCAAUAUUUUAGGACUACUUGUAAACUGUUCUCUCAUUGUUCUUGGAUAAAACGUUCAUAGUAACCCACUACAUUUCAGGACCCUGCUAAGUUUCUAGUAAGGUAAUUUUUAUCUAUAAUCAUUCAUUCUAUAAUCUAUUGGAAUUCUAAUAUCUAGAGAUAAUUUGGUCAAUGAAUAUAAAAUUAUCCAUCUGACCCCAUGCUUACAACAUUUUAAUGUCUUGCCUCGAGGCUUUAGUGAACUCUCACACAUUCAUAUAGUCAUCUGUUUGAACUGUUCUACAGCAAGCAUUCUGAGAGUAAUCUACUCAGCCUCCGGCCUCAGUGGCGUCGUGGCAGGCCAUCGGUCUACAGGCUGGUAGGUACUGGGUUCGGAUCCCAGUCGAGGCAUGGGGUUUUUAAUCCAGAUACC